GUGCGAACGCGGACAGGAUUUCAAAGCGACUGCAUGGCACCUUUCUGUUCCCGCCUUCCCCGGGCCGGAAGUCACGUGACACACAGCCCGUGGCGCGUAGAGAUGGAGAGGUGAUGCUCGGGCACCUGGCGCACCGGAGCGGUGCAAGUAGCUGGAGUCUGGACCUCGGGCGGCCCGGCCCUCCGCCCCAGCCAUGGAGGACGGCGGUCCCCGCAUCCGCCGGCGGGUGUCCGUCCGCAAAAGGAGCCGCGGCAACCUAGAGAGCCUGUGUGCCGCCCCCGCCCCGGCCGAGCUCCAGCCCGCCGAGGACCCGGAGGACGAUGCGGUGGCCGGGAGCCGCCGGCGGAAAACCGGGAGCCCGGAGCCCGCCCAGGAAAAUGACAGCGAAGAGGACAUGUUCAGUGACUAUGAUAGCUUUGCAGAAAAUUCCUUUUUAGCCCAAGUUGAUGACCUGGAGCGGAAGUGUAUGCAGCAGCCUGAACACAGGACUCUUGCUCCAGACUCUGCUACCCAAGAUGUUUGUUCAGAUGGCAUCAAAAACAAACUCGAUGUUUCCGACUCCGAGAAUAAUAAGUGUACAAAGAGCCAGAGUGAUCCAGAUGUCCCUGCUGGACCCGAACCUGAAAAUGAGCUUUUAUUUGAUGUGCCUUCUUCGCAAAUUUUAUACUUUGAAAGUAUGCAGAAGUCUUCAAAUGACUUGGGAGGUCAGUGUACUAAGGAAAGAGACGGGAACUCCCAUAAAUCAUCAAAUGAAGAACCAGCCUGUAGCCGGAAAGAGCAACUGCAGCAGCAGAAUGACUUUUCUGAAGUCAGAGCGUCCGCAGAGACGGAUAGGAGGAAGAGCAUUACGGACCAUCUAAAAAGGGCCAUGACCGGCAAUGCCAGGGCCCAGACCCCAGGGUUUUCUAGGAGUAAACAACUCAGAGAGACUCUCCUGUCUGAGGAAAUCAGUGUUGCUAGAAAAGCAAUUGAGUCACCGUCUGAUGAUCUCGGUCCUUUUUAUUCUCUACCGAGCAAAGUGAGAGACCUUUAUGCUCAGGUGAAAGGAAUCAAAAAACUAUAUGACUGGCAGCAUACUUGUCUAACAUUAAGUUCUGUGCAAAAAAGAAAAAAUUUAAUAUAUUCCUUGCCGACGAGUGGUGGGAAAACCCUUGUGGCUGAGAUUUUAAUGCUACAAGAACUGCUCUGCCGACAGAAAGAUGUAUUAAUGAUUCUUCCAUAUGUGGCAAUUGUCCAAGAAAAGAUUUCCAGUUUAUCAAGUUUUGGUAUAGAACUUGGUUUCUUUGUUGAAGAAUAUGCUGGAAGCAAAGGAAGAUUUCCUCCCACUAAAAGGAGGGAAAAGAAAUCACUGUAUAUCGCCACUAUUGAGAAAGGGCAUAGCUUGGUGAACGCCUUGAUUGAAACCGGAAGGAUCAGCACACUGGGUCUGGUUGUCGUUGAUGAGUUGCACAUGAUCGGUGAAGGGGGCCGUGGCGCCAUACUGGAGAUGACCCUGGCCAAAGUCCUCUACACCAGCAAAACAACUCAGAUUAUUGGCAUGAGUGCAACGUUAAACAACGUUGAAGACCUACAGGAGUUCCUUAAAGCCGAAUAUUACACCAGUCAGUUCAGACCAGUUGAACUAAAAGAAUACCUGAAAAUAAAUGACGCAAUCUAUGAGGUGGACAGCAGAGCUGCGGAUGGCAUGGCCUUCUCUCGUCUCCUUAAUUAUAAGUAUUCUGAUGUCCUGAAAAGGAUGGAUCCCGAUCACUUGGUGGCCUUGGUGACAGAAGUUAUCCCCAACUACUCAUGCCUAGUUUUUUGUCCCAGUAAGAAGAACUGUGAAAAUGUAGCAGAAAUGUUGUGUAAAUUUUUAAGCAAGGAUUAUCUAAACCACAGAGAGAAAGAAAAAUGUGAGGUGAUAAAGAACUUGAGGAACGUGGGCGGUGGUAAAGUGUGUCCUGUCUUGAAGCGCACCAUCCCCUUUGGAGUUGCCUACCACCACAGUGGUCUAACUAGUGAUGAACGGAAGCUUCUGGAAGAGGCCUACUCCACGGGCGUGCUCUGCCUUUUCACCUGCACAUCCACCCUGGCAGCAGGGGUCAAUCUCCCAGCACGCAGAGUCAUCUUACGAGCCCCCUAUGUGGCUAGAGAGUUCUUGCGGAGGAAUCAGUAUAAGCAGAUGAUUGGCAGGGCUGGCCGUGCCGGCAUCGACACCGUUGGCGAGAGUAUUCUUCUACUGCAAGAAAAAGACAAGCAACAGGUCCUGGAACUGAUAAACGGACCCCUGGAAAACUGCUACAGCCAUCUUGUUGAGGAAUUCACCAAAGGAAUCCAGAGUUUGUUUCUGUCUUUAAUUGGUUUGAAGAUCGCAACAAGUCUUGAUGACAUAUAUCAGUUUAUGAAUGGUACAUUUUUCGGUGUUCAGCAAAAGAUUUUAUUGAAAGAGAAAAGUCUCUGGGAAAUAACUGUUGAGUCACUUAGCUACCUGACAGAGAAAGGCCUUCUACACAGAGACAGCCGUGGUGGUGACUCUGAGGAGUUACAGUGUCCUUUCCGAAUUACAAAGCUGGGCCAAGCUUCUUUUAAGGGGGCCAUUGAUUUGGCCUAUUGUGACACUCUGUACAGAGACUUGAAGAAAGGGCUUGAAGGACUUGUACUGGAAAGCCUUCUCCAUCUGGUCUACCUAACAACCCCCUACGACCUUGUUGCCCAGACUGAGCCUGACUGGAUGGUGUACUUCAGGCAGUUCAGUCAACUCAGUCCAGCAGAGCAAAAUGUGGCAGCUCUUCUUGGAGUCUCUGAAAGCUUCAUUGGGAAGAAGGCAUCGGGGCAGGCCAUCCGGAAGAAGGUGGACAAGAACAUUGUCAACAGGCUCUAUCUGUCUUUUGUCCUUUAUUCCCUGCUGAAAGAGACCAACGUUUGGAGCGUGUCUGAGAAAUUUAAUAUGCCCCGAGGAUACGUACAAAAUCUGCUCACGGGAGCUGCCUCCUUCUCAUCCUGUGUGUUACAUUUCUGUGAGUUCUUGAAGCUCCCAAGGUGCCUACUAUGCCUCCUUGUAAUUGUGCUUGGGAUCAUCCUCACCCUCACUACAUCCAAACUUCAGAAAAAACUUAGAGGGUCGAGCAAAGCAGUUACACAGUGCAGGUUACAAAAGUGUAAUGCACUUAGCCAAUGCCGAUCCAGAAGUGCUAGUGAGGACAAUUGAUCAUCUGUCCAGACGCCAAGCCAAGCA